GGGCUAACGGCUUUCUCUUCCCCUCUGCUCUGGGUCUGUAGCCAUGGUGAACGUACCGAAGACCCGCAGGACCUACUGCAAAAAGUGCAAGAGGCACCAGCCUCACAAAGUUACCCAGUACAAAAAGGGCAAAGACUCUUUGUACGCCCAGGGUAAGAGGAGAUACGACAGAAAGCAGAGUGGUUAUGGUGGUCAGACGAAGCCCAUUUUCCGAAAGAAGGCUAAGACCACGAAAAAGAUCGUAUUGAGGCUGGAGUGUGUGGAGCCCAACUGCAGGUCGAAAAGAAUGCUGGCCAUCAAGAGAUGCAAGCACUUCGAGCUUGGAGGAGACAAGAAGAGAAAGGGCCAGGUCAUCCAGUUCUAAGCUGCAGCUUGGUCUUGUGGACCUUUCCAGAUUUGUCAAUAAAAUAAUUGAAAUGUA